AUGUCGUCGUCGCCGAUUCCUCCGUCGCCUUUCGAGCAGCACAUAGGGACGAACUAUACGCCCCAUGACAGACAACUCGUUGAAAUACAAGAGCUGGUCACCCAAUCCAAGCCACGCCUCGCAGAACUCGAUGCGGAACUCGAAGACGCCAUGAAAGCAGUUGAAGCGCUGCGAGAACGACGAGACAAGUACAAGAAUUUUGUCGACGGGCAUCAAGCACUCUUGUCGAUAACCCGCCGACUCCCCUUGGACAUCAUGCAUAUUAUAUUUGAGCAUGCCAUGCCCAAGAAACACGGCGCACUCAUGUCCCCGUCCGAUCCGCCACUCCUUUUUACCCAUGUGUGUCGAGAAUGGCGGCGCAUCGCGAUCAACCAUGCGCCUUUGUGGUCUUCACUUCACCUGCCUAUCCCCAACUACCCCGACUAUGUGAACUACAUCCCUGGAUAUGUGGCACCAGAUGGAGGCGGUGGUGGGAAGCUGACGGAGGAGCAACAAGCGAUAUUCGACCUCGAGGUUGAGAAAUGGACUGCCAGGAUGGAGGAAAGGAAAUCUUUGGUCGCAACAUGGUUGUCUCGAGCCAAGGGGGCAAAGCUGUCUCUUAACAUUUACACGGGACAUUGGUUCGACGAAAACACGGAGAAGCAUUUCAAAGAACUGAUCUCCAUUUUACGCGGGUACGCCUCCCAAUGGGGAAGGGUCCACCUUUCAUGUCCUGUCCGCCUGUCGGGACAUGUCCUUUCUAUUCCAGCCAGCGAGACCCCUCAAUUACAUUCCAUCUCGCUCAAGGUUUUUUCUCCGACCAGGUAUACUACCCCAUUUCCGAUAUCGCCCCAGAGCCCAGCUCGCGCCAUCCUCUCUCCAGACAGCCUGGUCUCGUCCCCCACCUUGCGGAGCCUCCUCAUCGAAUGUAUCCCCGCCAAGGUAGACGACAUCCCGGCUCCAUGGGGGAACCUCACGCAGGUAUGUUUGUCGGCGAAAAUGCCUUCAAACAGUGCCAUCUACUUCACCUCUGCCUCGGCUCUCGCCUUUCUGCAGAAAUGCCCCAACAUGCGCAAGUGUGCACUGACGAUUGGACUCGACCCUUUCCAACGGAUCCGCGAUCUCGCCGGUGUACCGUCGCCGGCAACUGCCAAUGCCAAUGAAGAUGAUGAAGAGAGAGUGCCUCGAGUUACCCUUCCUCACCUCCAUACGCUGGUCAUCGAGCAGGAGGGAGACAUGUCUCUUCAACUCUUCAUCGACAAUCUCGACUUGCCGUCGUUGGACACCCUGGCGGUGAGGCGAAGUGCGGUGCCUUGCGCCGCCAAACCUGCACCGCUGGUCCAAAUAAUGCGCACCUGGGGCCGCAAUCUCAAAGCCCUUUUCUUCGAUUACCAGGAGCUUACGGCGGCAGAACUACAGACGUGUCUCGAGCUUUCAUGUAACGUGGAACAGCUGAACGUCUCCGCAGGUCGGGGGGUUAGACGUCGCUAUAGCGCCUUGCUACACGACUUUGGUCCGGCAGUGGGGAAUCCCGCAGAUCUUCGAGCUGCACCCGCAUUGUUCACCAACUCGGUGCUCUCCAAGCUGACGCCCCAAGGAGACCAGGACCCAGCGAGUGUGCUUUGCCCCAACCUCACCUCCUUCGCGAUCCGACUUGGCACCGCCGAAUUCACCGAAGAAGCUCUCCUUGACUUCAUUCGUGGACGUCGUCGUACGAGUCGUGCACCGAAGCUGGAGAAGUUGAAGGUCGAGUUUGCUGUUGACGGACCGAAACGCUCGCCGGAGGACAGCUACGACAAGCUUCAGGGGGAGAUUAACUGGCCGAUGUGGCGCACUGUUGUUGACGAUCCCGGUGUUGAUCUGACGAGGUUCAAGCUUGACCUUGAAUGGGGCCAGAGUGCUCGAUCGUGGGCCAGUACGAUUCACAACAAGUAUAGAAGAGGUCCGAGUAGUGUGUGGGAUCCUGUCUAUGGGCUCCCUCCGGCGGUGUUGGACGGCGACUCAACGCCCUCUCCGUUCGCAUUUUCGUGA